AGUGUCGCAAUCACCGUCACACUAGUCAGGAACACACAGGCACACCUUUAUGUUCCACAGCCUGAGAGGACGCUCAUCAGAAGAGCAGCGUGAGCCGGCGAGCUACGACCCACAGAGUGUCCGCACGUCUCUGCAGCUUCUCGGAUACGCGUUAAAAUCCGUCCGGCCAACAGGAAAGGAUGUCCUUACAUGGAAGCUUUCUGUCCGACGAGCAGUUCCAGUGCUCGAUCUGCCUCGAUGUGUUCACGAACCCGUCGUCCACGCCGUGCGGCCACAGCUUCUGCAUGGGCUGCAUCAGCAGAUACUGGGACGGACUGAAGGUUUGUCAGUGUCCCCUCUGCAAGAAGACCUUCCAGAAGAGACCAGACCUGCAGAUCAACAGAACGCUGCGAGAGAUCACCGAGCAGUUCAGAUCCGUGAGAGGAGGAGGAGGAGGAAUAGGAGGAGGCCUGGCGAGGGGAAGGAGAGGGGGAGGAGGAGGAGGAGGUGAUGGAGGGAUACCAGAUACUUUAUUUGAUGAGCUGAAGAAGAAGCUGCCUCGACCUCUGCCAGUGAUGCUGACUUGUGAGGCUCAAGAAGGUGAGUCGAUCCCAGCGACAUUUUCAGCAGUCUCGACCCCACUGGCUUCUUCAGUACCAAACCACAGUCCCAUCGCGCUCCUGAACCACACCUCCAAACCUCCUCCGCCGCCUUUCCCUUCCAACCACCCCAGGGGCCGAAGAAGGUUCACCGUGAGCGGGGCCGCAAGCAGCCAAGGCCUCCCCCUCUGCGAGGACCACCACAGAGGAAUAACGAUUUACUGCAGGACUGACCAAGUCUGCAUCUGUCCUGAAUGCGAGACCGAGUAUCAUCAGGAUCACGACACGGUGACCAUCGAGGACGAAUGGACGGAAAUCAAGGCCCAGCUGAGUGUGUCAGAGCAGGAGAUCCAGGAGAUGAUCAGGCAGAGAAUGAGGAAGAUGGAGGAGAUCAGAACGUCAGUGAUUGAACUGGGGUCGGCGGUGGAGAGAGAGACGGCGGGAAGCAUUUGCCUGUUUUCUGCGUUUAUCUCCGCCAUCGAGCGCUCCCAGGUGGAGCUGAUGGAGGUGAUGGAGAUGAGCCGGAGGGCGGCCGAGCACCAAGCCGACGCCAUGAUUCGACAGCUGGAGCUGGAGGUUAAAGAGCUGCGGAGGAGAGAAAGCGCCCUCGCUGAGCUCGCGCAAUCGGACAACCACAUACACUGUGUCAAGACGUUCCCCAUCCUCUGCAGCCCUCCGCCCGCCAAAGACUGGUCAGCUGUGUCGGUGAACUCUGAUCUGGGAACAGGGACCAUCUACAGGUCGCUGGCAGAGCAGGUGGAGAGGUUCCACGAAGAGCUGAAGAACAUUGCAGAAACAGGCUUUCCUGCUCCAGUACUGGAACCCAGCCCAGUCCGAACCCAGCCCAGGACGAAGAGGUUGCAGGAGUACGCAUUGGACGUGACGCUGGACGGCCACACCGCACAUCCCCGGCUGGUCCUAUCAGUGGACUUGAAGAGUGUGAAGUGCGGAGACCGACACCAGCUGGUCCCAGACAACCUGGAGAGGUUUGACAGAGUGGUCUGUGUCCUGGGGAGGGAGAUGAUCUCCUCUGGGAGACACUACUGGGAGGUGGAGGUGGGUGGGAAGACAGACUGGGAUCUCGGGGUGACCAGACAAUCGAGCAACAGGAAGGGGAAGAUUGAAGUCACCCCGAGCCACGGAUACUGGUUCCUCAGCCUCAGAGACAAGAACAAGUACGCCUUUCGCACUGAACCCUCCACGGAUGUCCACCUGAACCUCCGACCACACAAGAUCGGGAUAUUUGUGGACUUUGAGAACGGACAGGUGUCUUUCUACAACGUCGACGCUAAAAUCCACAUCUACACCUUCAACGACACCUUCAGCGAGUGCAUCUACCCGUUCUUCAGCCCCUGCACGAACAAAUCCGGAAAAAACGACUUGCCGCUGACGAUCACGCCGGUAGACGCGUCAGAGUGACGGAACACGACGAGUUGCUGUUCCUUCCUCUCUUGUGAACCCUGUAUCAUAAUUUUUUACAUGCCUGUUCACACUUGCUAUUGGCAGAUGUUAUGUGGUUGAGACAUUUUAUUGCUGUGUUUGAAAUGACUUCCUGAUCAUUCAUUAAAACAAGCUGUCGCAAGCUUUUGACACGU